ACACAUGGACGCCACUGUGCGGGUUGCGGGGAAACGAUUCAAGACACCAUCAAUGUGAAGGUUCUGCAAGGAACUUGGCACAAUGCCUGUUUUCAGUAAGUCAUACUUUUUAAAUGUGGAUUUCAGUUAUAUUCACUGUUUAAUUUAUUUAAUUGACAAUUUAUUGUAGGAAUCACUUACUGUCUGCACAAGGCAUGUGAACUGCUUUGACAUUAAAUAAGUAGCAUUGAAGUCAAUAGAGACAAUGGACAGUUUUGCUGGUCAACAUACAGCUUUUGACAAUUUCAGGUAUUCUUUGGGGACAAAUACUGUAUGCACAUGCUAAGAAAUUGACUUGUGGGUAGUCCUAGAGAAUUCUACCUGUCCUGUGGAAUGUUUAAGCAUAAAUUUGGGCAGGAAUGUCUCUGUUCAGUGUUCAAACUAUUCUACAGUGAGGCAGAACUCCAUUACAGUACAUAUUGAAAAUCCAGUCAGUCACUCAAAUCCCAUUUGCAGAUACCACCAUUCUACUUUUUUUUCUUCAAACCAUUGUAGUUAGAAGUUAGUACAACAAGUUAACAACUUUGAGGUAGUAGAUGUUUGUCAUCCUUUUGCCUAUUAAAGGUGGAAAAUAAUAGACAUGAGGCAUCACUCGCACUUGAAUUAGCAUGGGUCACAGGGACACAGUGGGAGGAGGAUCCCACCAGCUCUCUCUCCGGCCUUGAGGACUUUGGCCCUGGCAGUUUCUCUUCGUCCUGUGGCUUAGUCAUUGUCAGGAUUGAGACUAUCUGGCAUUCUCCGGUCACUGGCCCCCAGUGAGAACCGUCUAGACUUGGGCUGAACAGAGGUCAAUAGUAUAGGACCUAUGUACAGACGCUUAAACAAAAACAAUUUUUAGCUCCCAAAGCUCUCUUUGUGAAAUACGAUCACUCAGGUUUGACUUUCCUUGAAGAGAAUAUAUGGAUAUGAUGAUGGCGCUUUAGUUAGAUAAGCAGUCCAAGAAUGGACCGGUCAUGGUCUAGAUGACAAUGUGCCCCACAGGGUUUUUGUGGAAGGGGAAGCUGGGAUUGAGGGUCGAGUCAUGGCAGCUCUGUUAAUAUAAUGAGGAGAAGGAGUGUAUUUCUCACACUCACUGUGCCCAUCCAGCACACAACGUUACGUAACAUGAAUGAAAGAAUAGAACUGAUGAAUAGUUUAAUGGAACUGAAUAGAGUAGAGCUAUUUUUCUAGAGCUCUGAAUUCCCCCUGAAUAUAAUACGUUAAUCUAUACGUUAAUCUAUUUUUUUAAAUUAAAAUGUAACUUAAGAUAAAGGAAUAAAGCCUAAGAUGAGGUGAAUUUGGCAUCCUAUCAUUUCCGAGUACGUCUCCCUUGAGUGGAAGGGGCUUGACAUCUGAGUGUUCCUUAGCCCAAGUACUCAAAUUUCAAACAAAGCUUUUCAGCUACACCAUUUCCUUAUAGAACCCAAGAUUUGGGUCUCUUUCUCUAUUUCUAUAAUUGGCUCUUUUAUAUCACCACUGAACCUUGUGUCAGUUCAAAAGCCAAGUCCUUGAUACAGCUGUGCAGUUCUCACUCUCUCGCUGUCUGUCUGUCUCUGGGCAUUUCCAUGUAAAAAGCCCCAUGAGCACUUAACAUAUGAAGUUCAUAGGAGCACAUCCAAUUUGGUGAAUAAUGAAAGCUAAGAGUCUAUAUUUUUCUUAAAUUAAGGCAUAUACAGUGGCUUGCGAAAGUAUUCACCCCCCUUGGCAUUUUUCCUAUUUUGUUGCCUUACAAUCUGGAAUUAAAAUUGAUUUUAUGGGGGGUUUGUAUCAUUUGAUUUACACAACAUGCCUACCACUUUGAAGAUGCAAAAUAUGUUUUAUUGUGAAACAAACAAGAAAUAAGACAAAAAAAACAGAACUUGAGCGUGCAUAACUAUUCACCCCCCCCCCCCCAAAGUCAAUACUUUGUAGAGCUACCUUUUGCAGCAAUUACAGCUGCAAGUUUCUUGAGGUAUGUCUCUAUAAGCUUGGCACAUCUAGCCACUGGGAUUUUUGUCCAUUCUUCAAGGAAAAACUGCUCCAGCUCCUUCAAGUUGGAUGGUUCCGCUGGUGUACAGCAAUCUUUAAGUCAUACCACAUAUUCUCAAUUGGAUUGAGGUCUGGGCUUUGACUAGGCCAUUCCAAUACAUUUAAAUGUUUCCCCUUAAACCACUUGAGUGUUGCUUUAGCAGUAUGCCUAGGGUCAUUGUCCUGCUGGAAGGUGAACCUCCGUCCCAGUCUCAAAUCUUUGGAAGACUGAAACAGGUUUCCCUCAAGAAUUUCCCUGUAUUUAGCACCAUCCAUCAUUCCUUCCAUUCUGACCAGUUUCCCAGUCCCUGCCGAUGAAAAACAUCCCCACAGCAUGAUGCUGCCACCACCAUGCUUCACUGUGGGGAUGGUGUUCUCGGGGUGAUGAGAGGUGUUGGGUUUGCACCAGACAUAGCGUUUUCCUUGAUGGCCAAAAAGCUCAAUUUUAGUCUCAUCUGACCAGAGCACCUUCUUCCAUAUGUUUGGGGAGUCUCCCACAUGGCUUUUGGUGAACACCAAACGUGUUUGCUUAUUUUUUUCUUUAAGCAAUGGCUUUUAUCUGACCACUCUUCCGUAAAGCCCAGCUCUGUGGAGUGUAUGACUUAAAGUGGUCCUAUGGACAGAUACUCCAAUCUCCACUGUGGAGCUUUGCAGCUCCUUCAGGGUUAUCUUUGGUCUCUUUGUUGCCUCAGAUUAAUGCCCUCCUUGCCUGGUCUGUUAGUUUUGGUGGGUGGCCCUCUCUUGGCAGGUUUGUUGUGGUGCCAUAUUCUUUCCAUAAAAAAAAAAUGGAUUUAAUGGUGCUCUGUGGGAUGUUCAACGUUUCAGAUAUUUUUUUAUAACCCAACCCUGAUCUGUACUUCUCCACAACUUUGUCCCUGACCUGUUUGGAGAGCUCCUUGGUCUUCAUGGUGCCGCUUGCUUGGUGGUGCCCCUUGCUUAGUGGUGUUGCAGACUCUGGGGCCUUUCAGAACAGGUGUGUGUAUAUAUACUGAGAUCAUGUGACAGAUCAUGUGACACUUAGAUUGCACACAGGUGGACUUUAUUUAACUAAUUAUGUGACUUCUGAAGGUAAUUGGUUGCACCAUAUUUUAUUUAGGGACUUCAUAGCAAAGGGGGUGAAUACAUAUGCACGCACCACUUUUCGGUUAUUUAUUUUGUAUAAGUUAUUUCUUUCAUGUCACUUCACAAAUUUGGACUAUUUUGUGUAUGUCCAUUACAUGAAAUCCAAAUAAAAAUCCAUUUAAAUUACAGGUUGUAAUGCAACAAAAUAGGAAAAACGGCAAGGGGGAUGAAUACUAUUGCAAGGCACUGUAUACAUUGUUCAACCAUUUUCCAUCCUAUAAAUUUGGAUUAAGCAAAGGCUUUGAUUUCUGGUCAAACAUAUGGAAAAGGGGUCUUAGAAAACAUCUAGCAGAAAGUCAAAUUUCACAUUUCUCUCCCUCAUGAGGAGGGAGGAUAAUGGAAGUUCACAGAAGUAACAAGGUAGACCUACUAAUUAGUUAUUGUUUUUACUGAUAACAUUUUGGUUGAUGAUUUAUUAAAUUAUUUAAAAUGAUCCAUUCUGUUACUAAAUCGGUAACAGAAUGAGUGUUUAAAAACAGCAAGAGUGUAAAAACAGUCUGGACAACACCUCCCUGUCUCUCUUUUCUCUCUCUCUAGUUAAUGUCACUGAUACUUACCCAUGAGCCCCCUCUCUUUCCCUUUACUGUGACCAGCCCUCUCACCCGCUGAGCACUGACCGACACCGGACAUCCAUGGACGUUGAAAAGUAGUUGCAAUUUGGUCAGUCCAAAUUUUAACCAAUCAUAGACGUCUAUUUCACAAGUUUGGACAGUAGAGUAUAGUACUGUACAGUGAAGAAUAGAGUAUCGGUCAGUACAAUACUGUACUGUACAGUAGAGUUUAGUACAGUAGAGCACACUAGAGUACAGUCAUUUACUGUACUGUACUGAACUAUACUGUACUCUACUUUACUGUACUGGACUAUACCGUACUCUGCUGUGCUGUAGUCUACUGUGCUCUGCUGUACUGUGAUGUCCAAACUUUUAAAGUGAAAAAUCAGUUUCGGCGUCAUUCUGUUACUGUGGAAUUGCCCUUUUGUCUCUCUCUCCCCCCUCCUUCUCUUUUACUGCUCUGUUUCUGCCCAAGACCACCUCACUCAUUUUCUGUGAAAUGAACUCUUUAGAUGGAGCAUCUGCUUUUGGAAAAACCUCCAAGCCAGACUACCGUACUGACGCUCAGCCAAGUGUGCUGGAGUUCAGCCCUCAGCAGUCAGAUGGCGUAGCCCAAAAUCUGGCCUAUUUUCUGUUAAUUUGAGUUGUACAUGCAUUUUGUCCAUGGAGUACAGAAUUCCUUUCACUCUCCAUGUGGGACAUUGUCAAAAUUUAAAGCAACUACAGUAGUUUCCUUUUCCAUGUUACCCCCUGCUCCGUUCUAUUGUGCACACAGAGCCCUGCACCUCCCCCAAGUUGUACAGCAUUGUUAAAGGCUGAUGUUAUCCCUGUUCCAGUAAAGCUGACGUUGUCAGGCCAACGUAUAGGUAAAGACUAGACAGUGUGUUGUGUGCCCCACUGCCACAUUCCUAGACAGCGAUUCAGAGUCGUGGGCCCGCUGCUCCAGACACUGCACAGAGUCCUUUGUUUUUCCCAGGGAAAACUGGAUCCUGGGUUGUCCCAAAGGACUGUCCUUUAUGAGUCAAUGUUAGUCCUCUAAAAGAGGUGAAGCCUUCUGGCUCAAGUCAUAAUUAUAGUACUUUCCCCUCGUUAGUUGUCUGUGGGGUCCAAUAAUGUAACUUUGAUGUGUUUGACUGUUACUCUCUGUUCACAUUGGUUGCCUUCUGAAAUGAAUGUGUACUUUCACUUAGCCAAUGAUGAUCCAGUGGCCCUGCUCUGGCUGGUUUGACUUGGUUUGGAUACUCAUGAGUCCCUUGAUAACAGCCAAACCUGCAUUGAACAAUACCAACCAUGAGUGCAAUGUGUGCUAUUGUGUUCCUGAUAUGCUCUUAUUAAAUCUUAUCUUAGUUAGCUAACAUUGAAAGUUUUACAUAUAGUCCAUUAAUACAUAUGAUAAAGUUUGACAGGUUUCAGGUUAAGUUCCGUGUUAUGGCAUCUUGAACUAGUGUGUCUUGUUUCCAUUACUACGACACUGCUUCCCCAUAGGCCUAGUGCUUAGUGUCCGUUUUUUUAGCAUUUUAGAAGAAACUUAAGUAUGAAUUCUAGUACACUCCAACAAAAGGCAUUAAAGUUGGCCUUCCACUGGUAAUGUGGAAUUGAGGAAAUGAAAUAAGUAAUGUUUGCCCAUUGGUGUUUGUCUAAUAAGGUUUGUCCAUGGAAUUGUUGGGAGGACCAGUCCUUCCUCUCAUCUGAGACACAUUUUUUAUAUUUUUUAUUUCCUUUUUGGAUAAGAAAUGGCACCAGUGUUGUUUACUCUGCUGAUUGAGGUGUUUUUAAGAUCAUCUUUGUUUUGGUCUUUAGACUAUUUCUUCAGGGACAUGACUGUGUAAUCUUCAGUUAUCCGUUACCCCCUACACUGGGAUUGACCAACCCAAUGUUUCUCAUUGUUGUUUUGGAAUGACAGAGAGGGAGGACACAGGAACCAGCCAAGGUUAUGUUGUUCAGUUUUACAGUGAAAGUUGUUUUCCCUGCGGCAUACCUGGAGCCGCUGUGUGACUCGUCUGUCUGAGGCAAGAUAUUCUUCAUACUUGUCGCACACUUGUCUGUGUGUGUGUAUUUCAGCAUUGCCUCCUGUUUCUGUCCGUUUCCAUGAUUUGUUAUAAAAACACUCACAAUGAUGGCAGAGGGGCUGCUCACAAAUACUCACAUGCAGUGCACGCCUAGCAAACAGACACCCAUGAGUACACAUGCAAUAUUCAGGUUUACUAUCACAUACAGUAGGACACUACUACUGACCACAGAUUGGCUAGCAGACUAAACUGUUGCUCACAGACUCAGUAGUACAGAGGAGGAAAAAGACUAGUGUUUUUUUUAAAUGCAGUUCCUUUUUUGUCACUUGUUUAGUCUCGUUUUGUAACCGGGGUGUAUGGUCUCGUCAACAUUCCGUCAGACAAAAGGCUCUAAUUGGGCCUUAGGCCAAGUUCGGCCAUUCCAAGGGCAGCGUUCCCUAUUGUAUACAGCGCUCCCCUCACUAAUGUGAUCUUUAUCUGGACAGCCUUUCAGACCCCCUCUGCUUUUCCACGCCCGGAAAUCUAUUUUCCUGCUUACCUACAGUGAGGGAAAAACGUAUUUGAUCCCCUGCUGAUUUUGUACGUUUGCCCACUGACAAAGACAUGAUCAGUCUAUAAUUUUAAUGGUAGGUUUAUUUGAACAGUGAGAGACAAAAUAACAACAAAAAAAUCCAGAAAAACGCAUGUCAAAAAUGUUAUAAAUUGAUUUGCAUUUUAAUGAGGGAAAUAAGUAUUUGACCCCUCUGCAAAACUUGACUUAGUACUUGGUGGCAAAACCCUUGUUGGCAAUCACAGAGGUCAGACGUUUCUUGUAGUUGGCCACCAGGUUUGCACACAUUUCAGGAGGGAUUUUGUCCCACUCCUCUUUGCAGAUCUUCUCCAAGUCAUUAAGGUUUCGAGCCUGACGUUUGGCAACUCGAACCUUCAGCUCCCUCCACAGAUUUUCUAUGAGAUUAGGGUCUGGAGACUGGCUAGGCCACUCCAGGACCUUAAUGUGCUUCUUCUUGAGCCACUCCUUUGUUGCCUUGGCUGUGUGUUUUGGGUCAUUGUCAUGCUGGAAUACCCAUUGACGACCCAUUUUCAAUGCCCUGGCUGAGGGAAGGAGGUUCUCACCCAAGCUUUGACGGUACAUGGCCCCGUCCAUCGUCCCUUUGAUGCGGUGAAGUUGUCCUGUCCCCUUAGCAGAAAAACACCCCCAAAGCAUAAUGUUUCCACCUCCAUGUUUGACGGUGGGGAUGUUGUUCUUGGGGUCAUAGGCAGCAUUCCUCCUCCUCCAAACACGACGAGUUGAGUUGAUGCCAAAGAGCUCGAUUUUGGUCUCAUCUGACCACAACACUUUCACCCAGUUCUCCUCUGAAUCAUUCAGGUGUUCAUUGGCAAACUUCAGACGGGCCUGUAUAUGUGCUUUCUUGAGCAGGGGGACCUUGCGGGCGCUGCAGGAUUUCAGUCCUUCGCGGCGUAGUGUGUUGCCAAUUGUUUUCUUGGUGACUAUGGUCCCAGCUGCCUUGAGAUCAUUGACAAGAUCCUCCCAUGUAGUUCUGGGCUGAUUCCUCACUGUUCUCAUGAUCAUUGCAACUCCACGGGGUGAGAUCUUGCAUGGAGCCCCAGGCUGAGGGAGAUUGACAGGUCUUUUUGUGUUUCUUCCAUUUGCGAAUAAUCGCACCAACUGUUGUCACCUUCUCACCAAGCUGCUUGGCGAUGGUCUUGUAGCCCAUUCCAGCCUUGUGUAGUUCUACAAUCUUGUCCCUGACAUCCUUGGAGAGCUCUUUGGUCUUGGCCAUGGUGGAGAGUUUGGAAUCUGAUUGAUUGAUUGCUUCUGUGGACAGGUGUCUUUUAUACAGGUAACAAACUGAGAUUAGGAGCACUCCCUUUAAGAGUGUGCUCCUAAUCUCAGCUCGUUACCUGUAUAAAAGACACCUGGAAGCCAGAAAUCUUUUUGAUUGAGAGGGGGUCAAAUACUUAUUUCCCUAAUUAAAAUGCAAAUCAAUUUAUAACAUUUUUUACAUGCGUUUUUCUGGAUUUAUUUGUUGCUAUUCUGUCUCUCACUGUUCAAAUAAACCUACCAUUAAAAUUAUAGACUGAUCAUUUCUUUGUCAGUGGGCAAAUGUACAAAAUCAGCAGGGGAUCAAAUACUUUUUUCCCUCACUGUAUUCUUGCUUUUAUUUCUGUGUGUAGGCCGCAUUUCCUCACACAAUGCACCAGAAGCUAUGAACCACCUCCAUAAGGUUUAGCUAGUAAUAAACAUUGUGUGAAAGAAUGAACCAUUGUAAAAGGGAAUUAACUUUCCUAAUCUCCAGGAGUGGAUUUUCUCCCCAAAGGCUGAUAAAUUGGGAUCAGCUCUACUGCAGGUUCAGAGAUCACUGUGACCCAGGCCAGCAGUGGGCAAAACUACAGCAAAUCCCCAGACAUGCAGGUGGUUGGCAUAUUUGUUAAGACUGUUACCUCAGUGUUUGUCUGUUGCCAGUGUAUCGAGUGUCCUCCAGAUGAAUAUCAGUCAGGAUGCAGAACUGGCAACCUCUUCUUCACAGAGAGCUGUCUGUGUAAGUGGGUUGCCAGUUUAGUGGCCUAAUCUCUUUGACAGAGGUGUAGAAUUGAUUGUGUGGCUGACACAGCUUAACCUGGUGCCACCAUUUUGCAUAACCUGUGAAACUAUCUGAAGGUGCGCUCAUAGCCUGCAGGUGGUCCCUUCUCUCUAUGCAACUUCAGCAUUCCUAACUCUCUGAACAUUCCGUGACUAAGUCAGAGUCAUACAUUUCUGCCUGAUUUGCCAGGUUUCACUCCAGUCAAGGAUGUGGAUCAAUCUGCUCUUGAGUAGUGGCAUGACAGGAUAAUUGUUAUGUAAAAAUAGGAAGGUUUUUGUACAUUAACUUAAUCAAAUCAGUGUAUUAACCACAUUUUAAUUUGAUACACCUUCACCAGGCUGUAGAUGGUUGUCAGGAUUUCUGUCAGAAAGGUGCUUCAGCCUCUCCAGAAACAACUGGAACAAAUUAAGAUGCUGGAAUGUGGCUGUGGAUGGGGUGGGCUGAGGGCAGCCUUUGGUGUUGGUUGCUGGUAUUUAGUACAAGGUUAAUGACCAGUGUUUCACACCGUCUAUUGCAUAUCGCUUCAUUCUUCUCUGAAUCCACAUCCCUCACACACCAAUGACACGUGACAUGUCUGAGUAACAAGGUAACCUACGUCCUUUACAUCGUACCCUGACGAUCAGAGACAAGAGUGCACACAGUCAUCCUAAAGAAAGGCCUGAAGCAACCGCUGCACUCCAUUGCAACAUGGGAGUGGAAAGUAUAAUGUUCACCAGUGUAAUUUCUCACACGAUGAAUGGCUUCUGCUGCACUGUGUCUAAAUGUGCCAGUCCCUCUCAUUAAAGGAUACUUUCACCUCCAUACUCUCUUGGUUGGUUGAGGUUUGGUUGAGGGAAAGUGUACAGACAAGUCUGGUCAACUGUUUGGGCGUUGGUUAAACUAUUUCCAAUGUUACCUGACUUCAAUCGCACACUAAGCGUAUUUGUCUUUGUCAAAUGCUGUUUUCUUUCAGGGUCUUUUGCUAGGUAUUUCUGCUCUAGCGUUGUGUGUCUUGUUUAUUUGUUUCUAUAUCUGUAUGUCAAAUCUCUCAGCUCAGUCAAUAAUUGAAAGCUCACAGACUCCUCCAUUGUUUGAGAGUGGAAUCUCUGCUAAAUAGGAAUCUUUCAGGAAUCUAACACAAGCCUUUGAGAUUGUCAACAUGUCGUUGAAAUGAUACACCCAGGCUUUGUAGUGAGUCUCCUUUGAAUCACCUUGAAACAGAUUGCUCUACGCUUGAUAUGGUCUCUGCUGAAAGGAUUUGUCUGUCCACUCUUCUCCCUUCAUUUCCUGCAGAGGUCAUGAAGUGUGUUUUCCCAUCCACAGGUGCUCGGAAUGCUGUGACCACCUGACCAACUGGUACUAUGAGAAGAAUGGCAAGCUGUACUGCCGUAAACACUACUGGGAGAGGUUUGGAGAGCUGUGUCACGGCUGCUCUCUGCUCAUGAUUGGACCUGCCAUGGUGAGUUGCCCCGCUCCAUCUUCCUCACCUCACUUGUCUGUAAACACUGAGACCAAGGUUUGUCAUUUCCACAUAUUUAUCUGUCUGAAUUUGAUCCUGGAGCGUCUGCACACCUGAUCCGUGCUAUCUCUGUGUGAAAUCAAGAUGAACCCUGGUUGACCCAGGAUCCAGAGGAUCAGGUAUUAUGAUGCAGUAGGCUUCUAGCUUGGUUCACUUAGAUCUCAUGGAACAUGAAGACGACAGUGUUGGUGAAGAACAGUUAGACAAUGACAAAGCUGUACAUCAUAUAAUAUAUGAAUAAUAAUUCACUGUCAGGGUUACCAUUGUAUUCAGAGGUUAGAUGUGUAGGUCCAUACUCAAAUAACACCAGUUCACAGUGAAUCACUAUUCUUUGAUAUGAGUUCAGGGGGUUGUGCAGUAAUAAGAUCUGCUUUUCUCUGUGUACAAAUGAGGGAACUGUCAGCUUUACCCCCCCCCCCCCCCCAGUGUGUUAGUUAGGUUCCCCAUCAUGGCCCCGCUCUGUUCUCCUCUGUACAGUCUCCACAGUUUACUUCCCCCAGAACAUAGUGAACUUUUGAGGGAAAACAGAGAACAUGGAGUGAUUUUGGAGCCAGUCCAUCACCUGAUUCAGUCCACUGUGGUGGAAAGGCAAUGGAUACUACCCACACUGCAUCACCAGUCCACCACCAGACCACUACACUGUUUAUUGGGGAUGGUUUUUGAAAGAUCGAGUAUCUGUUAUUAAGGGAAGGUUAGAAUGUUUAAGCUUGAUUGCGUUUGUCAAAAUCUUCCAGGAUUAGACCAUGAGCUCAUGGUUAUGCUAUGGAAGAGUCGCUGAAGGCUGGAUAUCGGUUAGCUUUCUUGUUGUUUCAUCAGUGCUAUGGAAUGCCCAUGCAUGGGGUUGGAGUGCUGUGGAACUUCAUUUUAACAGUGUUAUGGGCACAAUUAAAUCAGGUCUAAAUACAACUGCUGAUGGCACAAACAAUUGCUGGUCACAAAAGGAUAAUUUCUCUUCAACUGGAUUAAAGUGGGUCCCAAAAUUAUUCUUUUUUUAGAACAAGAAGGUUGCCAGUAAGCAAAAUACAUAAUGGGCCUUUCUAUUUGUUCUUGGCCACAUUGGCUCUGAAAGCAAGGUGCCAAGUAUUUCUGGCAGAGUUGAAUUGGCAGCCUUCUCUUAGCUAGCAGCCGAACCAACACGGCGUAAAAUCGUAUGGAUGUUGGGUCUCUCAGGAGAGGAGAGCAGUGUGGAGCAGGCAGCUACUUAUGGCUGUUGUGUGUUUGCGGGGCAGGCUACGGCACAAAACAGCAUUUUGUUCUCUAAUUAGGAGAUCGUGGCAUACCAUUUUUCCUUUCUGUUUGCCUACUUUUCUCUGUGGCUGGACACGUUUUACAGUUCUGACACAAGUUGUAAAUCCUCUCAAAUUUUACCACUUUUGAAGAUCCUUCUUUUGUUCCCUUUAUUUUGGUGAGAUGGGAAAAUGAACAGAGAUCAACUCCAGUGUGUUGUGUAAGGCAAUGCGGAGACAUUGCCUCUGGAGUCAUGUUGGUCAUACACAUACACACUAGCCUCCCCUAUCUGAGAGAGCCUGCACACACACAGCCACCUAUGGACUAUGACACAGCCAUGUGUGUCUAGCUGGGGCUCCUUCAGGCUGUUUCUGUCUGGGGUCAGUGUGGUAAUGCUCCAGUCUGGAGGGAGGGAGGCACAGCCACACAUGGCUUACAUCACCCAGCCUAAUCUCACUGCUGCCUGCAACAGCAACAAUAUCCUUUCCCAACACUCUUACUCAUAGCAGCCGACAAUGAAGAGCAGGGGGAGAAUGGAAAAAGUUAUCCUACUUCAAAGACUACAGGUUUUCAUUAAUAUCUUCACAUUGCUUAUAAGUUAUCCCUGUUUGAAUUCAUCUGGGGAGGAGCUUGUCUUAAGACUCCCAUCUCACAUCAGGGUGAAGGAAAAGCAGCCAACAAGUGCUCAGCGUAUGUGGGAACUCCUUCAAGACUGUUGGAAAAGCAUUCCAGAUGAAGCUGGUUGAGAGAAUGCCAAGAGUGUGCAAAGCUGUCAUCAAGGCAAAGGGUGGCUACAUUGAAGAAUCUAAAAUAAAUGUUGAUUUCUUAAUGCUUUUUUGGUAACUACAUGAUUCCAUAUGUGUUAUAACAUUGUUUUGAUGUCUACAUUAUUAUUCUACAAGGUAGAAAAUAGUAAAAAUAAAGAAACCCUUGAAUGAAUAGGUGUGUUCAAACUUUUGACGGGUACUGUAUGUAUGUAUGUAUGUAUGUAUAUACAAUACCAGUCAAACCAUCUCAAUUGGGUUGAGGUUAGGGGAUUGUGGAGGCCAGGUCAUCUGAUGCAGCACUCCAUCACUCUCCUUCUUGGUAAAAUAGCCCUUACACAGCCUGGAGGUGUGUUGGGUCAUUGUCCUGUUGAAAUACAAAUGAUAGUCCCACGAAGCCCAAACCAGAUGGGAUGUCUGCUAAAUGAUGUAAAUGUAAAUGGCUUAUCGCUGCAGAAUGCUGUGGUAGCCAUGCUGGUUAAGUGUGCCUUGAAUUCUAAAUAAAUCACAGACAUUGUCACCAGCAAAUCACCCCCACACCAUAACACCACCUCCUCCAUGCUUCGUGGUAGGAACUACACAUGCGGAGAUCAUCCGUUCACCCACACCGCGUCUCACAAAGACACGGCGGUUUGAACCAAAAAUCUCAAAUUUGGACUCCAGACCAAAGGACACCUUUCCACUGGUCUAAUGUUCAUUGCUUGUGUUUCUUGGCCCAAGCAGGUCUCUUCUUAUUAUUGGUGUCCUUUAGUCGUGGUUUCUUUGCAGCAAUUUGACCAUGAAGGCCUGAUUCACACGGUCCCCUCUGAACAGUUGAUGUUGAGAUGUAUGUUACUUGAACUCUGUGAAGCAUUUAUUUGGGCUGCAAUCUGAGGCUGGUAUCUCUAAUGAACUUAUCCUCUGCAGCAGAAGUAACUCUGGGUCUUCCAUUCUUGUGGCGGUCCUCAUGAGAGCCAGUUUCAUCAUAGCGCUUGAUGGUUUUUGCGACUGCACUUGAAGAAACUUUCAAAGUUCUUGAAAUGUUCCGUAUUGACUGACCUUCAUGUCUUAAAGUAAUGAUGGACUGUCGUUUCUCUUUGCUUAUUUGAGCUGUUCUUGCCAUAAUAUGGACUUGGUCUUUUACCAAAUAGGGCUAUCUUCUGUAUACCACCCCUACCUUGUCACAACACAACUGAUUGGCUCAAACGCAUUAAGAAGGAAAGAAAUUCCACAAAUUAACUUUUAACAAGGCACACCUGUUAAUUGAAAUGCAUUCCAGGUGACUAGCUCAUGAAGCUGGUUGAGAAAAUGCCAAGAGUGUGCGAAGCUGUCAUCAAGGCAAAGGGUGGCUAUUUGAUUUGUUUAACACUUUUUUGUUUACUACAUGAUUCCAUAUGUGUUACUUCAUAGUUUUGAUGUCUUCACUAUUAUUCUACAAUGUAAAAAUAAAGAAAAACCAUUGAAUGAGUAGGUGUGUCCAAACUUUGGACUGGUAAUGUAUAUACAGUGUAUGUGUGUGUGUGUGUGUAUGUGUGUGUAUAUAUAUAUAUAUGUAUGUUAUUCUACUGCUUUAGGUUAUAAUUAUUGUUUGGAUAACCUUAUUUACUAUUAUGUAUCGAUUUUUACCUUUAAUCUUUUCACUCUUUUUUGCAUUGCGCACUGCAGAGAACACUGGAAGAAGAAUUGUCACUGAAUUUACCACAGUGAAUUAUUGUAAUGUUUGUUUGUGUCAAUCCCAUAAUGGAUGGGUUGCCAAUUGGCGAUUUGACAAGAUUCUUUUUUUUUUCUUUUCAUAAAAAAAAAGAAACAAAUGUCAUUCAUUAAUUUAGGUCAUUACAGUAUAGUGAGAAAUUUGUUUGGAACAUUGAAUCGCAAUAAAAUUGCAGUAUCGAAUUGCAAUACAUAUAGAAUCGUGAUAAAUUGUGAAACAUAUAGAAGCGCAAUACAUAUUGUAUCGGCACUCAACUAUCGCGAUAUCGUAAGGUCCCUGGCAAUUCCCAGCCAUAGUGGAUACGUUGUCUAAUUUAGCAUGAGCGCAAGACCAACAGAUUGGGAGUGUGUAAGUUAUAGACAAAAAGGUUAUGAGUAAGCCGGUGUACAUGCAUGACAGAACCAGACUUUAUUUCAGAGUUAGUGAGGGUGUGAGGAGAGAGAGAGUGUCAGCAAGAGGUGUGCUGUGAUUUGAAAAGGCAGGGCUUGGGAGCUGGGAGGUAGAUUAUAUCAUAGCAGAUUCCAGACAGGCUGAGAGUGGAGCAGGUGUUACUGAUUGUGUUACUGCCACAAAGAGAGGAGGACAGCACACACAACACCAUAUAGCGUAUAACACCAUCUAGCACACAACACGGGACAAUACAGAACACCACAUAGCGUACAACACCACACAACACAGCUCAGCACAGCAGGAUCACCCUGAAGAAUUCUCUGCUUGGACCUGGAACGCCAUGGGAAAGAUCAAAGCCCGGAGACAAACUCACCUGUAUCUGUUCUUCCAGGUGGCUGGAGAAUACAAGUAUCACCCAGAGUGCUUUGUAUGUCUGAGCUGCAAGGUGGUCAUCGAGGACAGAGACACCUACGCCUUGGUGGAGCGAUCCAAACUGUACUGGUGAGGGUUGUUUUACUGUUUACUAUCUACUGCUCACAGAGUUGUUGGUUUUAUUUGUUUAGAUUCUGAAUUCUGUUUGUAAGUAUGGUGUUAAGUCAGAUGUUGAUAGAGGCAGUUUAGGGAAUGUGAUGUUUGUUAUUGCAAACAGGCAACAUCACUCUUUCUGAUUGAUCAUUUAGGAAUCUGGUGCGUCUGUCAUACCUGAGCCCCUCUACUGUCUGACUCUCCAUACCCCUCCUUUCUGCUCUCUCCUUCUCUUCAUAUUUUUCUCCAAUAAAACUUUAUUGUUCCCAAAGGGAAAUGAUUUUGCAGCAAAGUACUAACAGAUGUAGGUAAAGGAAGUUGGAAGGAAGUAGAACACUUUGAUGUUUAAACACUGAUGUGAAUACUUUCAACUGGUAAGACCUUAAAAAACAUAAUCAUUAUCCAGAACAAUACCCCUUAUUCCUUGUUUCUUCUCUCCUCCUCUCGUGCAGUGGGAAGUGCUAUAAGCAAGUAGUCCUGGCGCCCGUGUUGGAGAAGCGUUCGGCCGAUUCGGCCCUGGAUUCCCUGCCCCACACGGUCACCCUCAUCUCAAUGCCCUCUGCCACCAACAGCAAGAGGGGCUUCUCUGUCUCUGUCCUAAGAGACGUUGCCAGCGGCUCCGCUAGCGUGCAAGUCAAAGAGUGAGUGGAUUUAACUGUCACUCACAACUAGUGAAUCUGUACACCCUUGACUGUCUAGGCCUGAGUGGGAUGAGUCAUGUGUUGUGUAACUGAUUAUAGAUUUGCUGAAAUAAUAGGCCAUUAGUCCUUGAUAUAGAUGUUUGUACAUAACCAAUAAGACUAUGUAACCUGGAUUUAAUAGUUAAAUCCCACAUCUCUUUACUUUGGUGGUGUUAUUAUAGUCUUGAUCCAGGUCAGCCAAGGAGUCUCUCGUUAGCUGAUAGAUGUACUUGAUGUUGUGGACAGACACACACCCACCUCUGUAUUGUCCAGGUGCUCACUGCUGAUUGGUCAACAGAACCAGCUCUCCUCUGACAGACCUAAAUGGAGUCUGGUCAUAGUUCAUUCUGAUACUGGUGCUCCAGACUGACAUGUCUAUACAGUGAGGGGAAAAAAGUAUUUGAUCCCCUGCUGAUUUCGUACGUUUGCCCACUGACAAAGAAAUUAUCAGUCUAUAAUUUUAAUGGUAGGUUUAUUUGAACAGUCAAAGACAGAAUAACAACAACAAACAUCCAGAAAAACGCAUGUCAAAAAUGUUAUAAAUUGAUUUGCAUUUUAAUGAGGGAAAUAAGUAUUUGACCCCCUCUCAAUCAGAAAGAUUUCUGGCUCCCAGGUGUCUUUUAUACAGGUAACGAGCUGAGAUUAGGAGCACACUCUUAAAGGGAGUGCUCCUAAUCUCAGCUUGUUACCUGUAUAAAAGACACCUGUCCACAGAAGCAAUCAAUCAAUCAGAUUCCAAACUCUCCAACAUGGCCAAGACCAAAGAGCUUUCCAAGGAUGUCAGGGACAAGAUUGUAGACCUACACAAGGCAGGAAUGGGCUACAAGACCAUCGCCAAGCAGCUUGGUGAGAAGGUGACAACAGUUGGUGCGAUUAUUCGCAAAUGGAAGAAACACAAAAGACCUGUCAAUCUCCCUCGGCCUGGGGCUCCAUGCAAGAUCUCACCUCAUGGAGUUGCAAUGAUCAUGAGAACGGUGAGGAAUCAGCCCAGAACUACACGGGAGGAUCUUGUCAAUGAUCUCAAGGCAGCUGGGACCAUAGUCACCAAGAAAACAAUUGGUAACACACUACGCCGUGAAGGACUGAAAUCCUGCAGCGCCUGCAAGGUCCCCCUUCUUAAGAAAGCACAUAUACAGGCCCGUCUGAAGUUUGCCAAUGAACAUCUGAAUGAUUCAGAGGAGAACUGGGUGAAAGUGUUGUGGUCAGAUGAGACCAAAAUCGAGCUCUUUGGCAUCAACUCAACUCGUCGUGUUUGGAGGAGGAGGAAUGCUGCCUAUGACCCCAAGAACACCUUCCCCACCGUCAAGCAUGGAGGUGGAAACAUAAUGCUUUGGGGGUGUUUUUCUGCUAAGGGGACAGGACAACUUCACCGCAUCAAAGGGACAAUGGAUGGGGCCAUGUACUGUCAAAUCUUGGGUGAGAACCUCCUUCCCUCAGCCAGGGCAUUGAAAAUGGGUCGUGGAUGGGUAUUCCAGCAUGACAAUGACCCAAAACAGACAGCCAAGGCAACAAAGGAGUGGCUCAAGAAGAAGCACAUUAAGGUCCUGGAGUGGUCUAGCCAGUCUCCAGACCUUAAUCCCAUAGAAAAUCUGUGGAGGGAGCUGAAGGUUCGAGUUGCCAAACGUCACACUCGAAACCUUAAUGACUUGGAGAAGAUCUGCAAAGAGGAGUGGGACAAAAUCCCUCCUGAGAUGUGCGCAAACCUGGUGGCCAACUACAAGAAACGUCUGACCUCUGUGAUUGCCAACAAGGGUUUUGCCACCAAGUACUAAGUCAUGUUUUGCAGAGGGGUCAAAUACUUAUUUCCCUAAUUAAAAUGCAAAUCAAUUUAUAACAUUUUUGACAUGCAUUUUUCUGGAUUUUGUUGUUGUUAUUCUGUCUCUCAUUGUUCAAAUAAACCUACCAUUAAAAUUAAAUACUGAUCAUGUCUUUGUCAGUGGGCAAACGUACAAAAUCAGCAGGGGAUCAAAUACUUUUUUCCCUCACUGUAUGCUGUAUUUCUCUCAGGGUCAGAGGAAUGCAUAUCAGCCCGGAAGUUCGGAAUGCCAUCCAUGUUGGUGACAGGAUCCUGGAGAUCAACGGUCUUCCAGUGGGGACACUGAUGGAGGAAGAGGUGAGUUGCAUGAUCCAGCUUUUCACAAUACACUGAAUAAUAAAGCAUUGAAAAAGCAAUGAGCUUUAAACAUGUAGACUAUUCAGUAGUAACCCAGUGGUGUUACUGUUACUCUAAAAUAGAAGACGGAACAUGUGAUCUUUGCAUUCCAUUCAUUCCGCCUUCGUUUAAACAUUCUUUAGCUGGGAGAGGAUGGCAUCUGAAAGGACUCAAUCUCACCACACCACCUCACUCAACCAUGUGCAUUCACUAAUUUAAUUUUAGUUCCCACCUUUCCUGUUUGCGACAAGGUGCAUUCCAAUUAAAAGCUUCAUUCAAGUCAUGUAGUGUAAGUCAAUUUGAUAGCUCUUCGUGUUAUCAGGAUCCUGUUCUCAUUGGAACCCUGCCUAGUUCUAAUUCCAUCCCGUGUUCUGUAUAGGCCUUAUACCAAUACCUAUCUCAUUAGUGUUGCUUGCCCAUGUUACUAUGUCAGAGAGAACUUUGGCCUAGCAGAUUAUGUAUUCUGAUUGAUUGGUGUUUCAGGUGGAGGACCUGAUUCAUCGGACCAGUCAGACGCUGCAGCUGCUCAUAGAGUAUGAUCCAGUCAGGCAGCGGUUGGAGAGGCUUAGACUGGGGUCCUCGCACAACCGCUUGGGGGUCCCCGCCACCUCCCGCAUGCGCCUGUCUUUGCCCUCUGACAGUGUCCUGGAGAGGACAGACGUGGUGGAUGAUGGCACCCUAAAGAGGAGGUCUCUAAGGUACAGCUAAACCAGCCAACCUUGGGAGAGAGAGUCUAAGCAUUGGGGCAAAAAUUGAGAGAUUCAAAGAACUUGAUUCAAGUAGAACUUGAUCAAUGUCUAACUGACCUUUGUUCCUCUCCGUUAAUGGAAGGCGUAGCAACAGCAUCUGUAAGUCCCCUGGGCCAGCCUCCCCUAAGGAACACCCUAUCCUGACCCGGGACAUCGGGCGCUCCGAAUCCCUGCGCUCCUCCAGCAGCUGCUCUCAUCGCAUCUUCCGCCCCUGUGACCUCAUCCAUGGAGAGGUGCUGGGCAAGGGCUUCUUUGGCCAGGCUAUCAAGGUCAGCUUUUCACCCAACAAUCAUCCUCUUUUCCACACACAUCUCAAUCUGUAUUGCCACACCUAUUUGCUAUAACUUUAACCAAAGCCUAAAGUAGUGCGUGUGUCCACAGGCGUGAAAGGAAGCUAAAGUAAUUCCGCUGCCUAAAAAUAGUAAAGCACCCUUUGCUGGCUCUUAACAGCUGCCCAAUCAGUUUGCUGCCUUUUCUUAGUCAACUGAUGGAGAGAAUAGUUUGACCAAAUACAAUGCUAUUUUUCAGAUAACAAGUUAACUACUGAAUUUCAGCAUGCAUAUAGAGAAGGGCACUCAACGUGUACUGCACUGACUCAGAUGACAGAUGAUUGGUUAAAAGUAAAGCUGUCCCAACCUAAAAAAAAAUCUUGGUCAACCGAGAGUCGUCUGUUCUUUCGACCAAUCGAUUGGUCUAAAGUUUAAAACAUGUAUUUUUCCAUAUAUAGACACACCCUAUGUGUGUUUUAAUAAAAUCAACUAUGCACUGUGUUUGUCUGAUGCUUUAAGCGCACUGUUUUGAUGAAAUGAUUAAGACACAAAUAACUCAAGAGGGAGCCAGAGAUCAAGAUAGCCUAACCAGAAGAAAUUAACCUGUUCCCUCCCCCCCCCCCCCCCCCCCUCCAAACAACGUGUCCACUCCAACAAUGGGAACGGUAAAUUACUGUAAUAAUAAUAUAUUGAAUGCAUUAACAGAAAUUACCGUAACCAAACAAACAUUGUAUAUUAGAAAUUAUGGGAAUUAACGGUAAAUGUACUACUGGUGAUAUAUGUAAUGGUGAAUUGAUAGACGCAACAAUUCACACAAUGAAGUUAUGAAACAAUGAAUGCACACGAAUUGGCGGGAGAGAGUUCAAUCUGGAGAGAGAUGCGCCUUGUGCAUCUAAGCCACACCCCUUCUUCUUGACUCAACAUUUAAAAUUAUAGGCCUACCCAAUACACAUUUUCUUCACACAUACUGUAGGACUAAGGAAUACUCUCACAAACGGUGUCAGGUCCAAAGCAGUAGCCAAUUAUGGAAAACCAAUGCAAUUUCACUUAUUUUCUCAAAUUGCUUGGUGUGCCAAGGCAAAUACCCUCUCAGCACACGUGCCUUACGUUGCUGAUGCCUGUCUUAGAGUGAUGGACUGUGCCAUUCCCGCGGCCUCCACAAUGGAUUAAUCCACUGAGAUAGGUGUGCCAUGGUUGGAGAGUUAUCCAAUAGAACGCAGAGAGUGUUCUUCAUCAGAAGCUUCUCUAACAGCAGAUACAGUGCAUUCGGAAAGUAUUCAGACCCCUUGACUUUUUCCAAAUUUUGUUACGUUACAGCCUUAUUCUAAAAUGAAUUAAAUAAAUAAAAAUCCUCAUCAAUCAACACAUAAUACCCCAUAAUGACAAAGUGAAAACAGUUUUUUAGAAAUGUAUUUUCAAAAAUGAACAGAAAUACCUUAUUUACAUAAGUAUUCAGACCCUUUGCAAUGAGACUCCAAAUUGAGCUCAGGUGCAUCCUGUUUCCAUUGAUCAUCCUUGAGAUGUUUCUACAACUUGAUUGGAGUCCACCUGUGGUAAAUUCAAUUGAUUGGACAUGAUUUGGAUAUGAUUUGGAAAGGCACACAAAAAGGGUACCCAAAAAUGUAUGCAGCAUUGAAGGUCCCCAAGAACACAGUGGCCUCCAUCAUUCUUAAAUGGAAGACGUUUGGAACCACCCACACUCUUCCUAGAGCUGGCCGCCUGGCCAAACUGAACAAUCGGGGGAGAAGGGCCUUGGUCAGGGAGGUGACCAAGAACCCGAUGGUCACUGACAGAGCUCCAGAGUUCCUCUGUGGAGAUGGGAGAACCUUCCAGAAGGACAAUCAUCUCUGCAGCACUCCACCAAUCAGGCCUUUAUGGUAGAGUGGCCAGACGGAAGCCACUCCUCACUAAAAGGCACAUGACAGCCCGCUUGGAGUUUGCCAAAAGGCACCUAAAGGACUCUGACCAUGAGCUUCUCUGGUCUGAUGAAACCAAGGUUGAACUCUUUGGCCUGAAUGCCAAGCGUCACGUCUGGAGGAAACCAGGCACCGCUCAUCACCUGGCCAAUACCAUCUGUACGGUGAAGCAUGGUGGUGGCAGCAUCAUGCUGUGGGGAUGUUUUUCAGCGGCAGGGACUGGGAGACUAGUCAGGAACGAGGUAAAGAUGAACGGAGCAAAGUACAGAGAGAUCCUUGAUGAAAAUCUGCUCCAGAGCACUCAGGACCUCAGACUGGGAUGAAGGUUCACCUUCCAACAGGACAACGACCCUAAGCACACAGCCAAGACAAUGCAGGAGGGGCUUCGGGACAAGUCUCUGAAUGUCCUUGAGUGGCCCAGCCAGAGCCUGGACUUGAACCCGAUCGAACAUCUCUGGAGAGACCUGAAAAUAGCUGUGCAGCAACGCUUCCCAUCCAACCUGACCGAGCUUGAGAGGAUCUGCAGAGAAGAAUGGGAGAAACUCCCCAAAUACAGGUGUGCCAAGCUUGUAAUGUCACACACAAGAAGAUUUGAGGCUGUAAUAGCUGCCAAAGGUGCUUCAACAAAGUACUGAGUAAAGGGUCUGAAUACUUAUGUAAAUGAGAUCUCCGCUUUUUAUUUUAUAAUACACUUGCAAAAAAAUCUAAACCUGUUUUUGCUUUGUCAUUAUGGGGUAUUGUGUGUAGAUUGAUAUUUUUUAUCCAUUUUAGAAUAAGGCUGUAACGUAACAAAUAGUGGAAAAAGUCAAGGGGUCUGAAUACUUUCAGAAUGCACUGUAUGUACAGUUCGGUGUUGAUUUGGGCUGUUGCUCUUCUCUAUUUUUCAAAUUAUUUGCCACUGGUUUUACACAAAGCUAGAAUGACUAUGUAUGCAGAUGAUUCCACACUCGAGAUGUCAGCGCCCAAAGCAAGUGAGCUCACUGAAAUUCUAAAUAAGGAGUUACAGUCCAUAUCAUAAUUGGUGAUUUAAUAAUAAACUGGUCUUAAAUGGAUCUAAAACUAAAACAUUGCAUUUGGUUCAAAACAUUCUCUAAGACCUAAACCUCAACUGCAGUUGUGCGUAAAGGGUGUUGAGGAAGCUAAACUCCUAGGUAUAACAUUGGAUGGUCAAUUAUCAUGGUCAAGUCAUAUUGACGAAGUUGUUGUGCAGAUGGGUAGGGGUAUGUCUGUUUAUAAAAAGAUGUUCUGCGUUUUUGACACACAAAUCAACUGUACUAGUUGUUCAGGCUCUGGUUUUGUCCCAUCUUGAUUACUGUCCGGUAGUGUUGCACGGUAUACCUGUACUGCGGUAAUACCAUGGUAGCAAAACGUCAUGAUACUUGGAUACCAACAUUUUAGAAUACCAUAGUAUCAUUUCAUAUGAUACUACUGACUUUUUCAGCCCUACUGAGCUAAAGAACCUGCUGGCACCUGUUAUAAAAUGUUUAUAAAGUCAGUUUUGUAUAUACAUUCAGUUGAAUUUAAGCAACAGCCACUAGUCUCUUGUAUGCACAGGUCCAAUAAUAUCCACUUAACUUUAAUGCACAUAUCACGUGUGGCAGCUGUAAUCAGCCAGCUGCAUCCCUUAUCAGCAUGUGUUUGAUGCCAUUCCAUUUGCGCCGUUCCAGCCAUUAUUAUGAGCCAUCCUCCCUUCAGCAGCCUCCACUGAUGUAUAUUCCUUCCUCCCAUUCCUCCAACCAAAUCACAGGUAGGCCUUUGCAAAUAUGAGAAAAUCAGCCAUUCUAUGCAGUAUUCCAUUAUACACUGAACAGAAGUGCGAAUUUCAGUGACCAGGUUUUUGGAGAACGUUUAGAAAACGUGAACAAGCGUCUGGGGGACGGGGCGAACAGGAUGCUAGGCCACAGUUUUUUUUUUUUACCGUAGUAUCGCAACACUACUUGGUAUUGUGAUACUUGGCCUGGUAUUGUAUCGUUUGUAAAAUAUUGGUAUCGUGACAAGCCUACUGUCCAGUAAUAUGGUCAAGUGCAGCAAAGAAAGAUAUAGCAAAGCUGCAGCUGGCUGAAAACAGAGCAGCACGCCUUGCCCUUACUGCACAUAUACAACUAAUAUCAACAACAUGCAUGGCAGUCUUUCCUGGUUGAGGGUUGAAAUGAGAUUAACUGCAUCUCUUCUUUUUCUGAGAAAUAUUACUGUGAUGAAAAUUCCAGAUUGUCUGCAUAAUCAAAUAACAUUCAAACACAGUAUUAUACAAAGCCAUGAUCGCAUGGAAGUCCCAUCUCCAAUUACUCAAGCAAACAGCUAAAUGACCUUUAAAAAAUGGAUUAAACAACAUCUAAUGGAACGGCGGGGACUGUGAGGGGACAAACGCACACACAGACACACUCUAACACAUACAUUUUUUGUUGUAUUGUUUGUAUAUCAUUGUAUUUUAAAUUUGUGUGAAUGUCCUUGUCUGUCAGUGGGUGUUCUCUUGUCAUGUUUUUUUUUUUUUUGUGGAACCCAGGAGUUGCUGCUGCUUCUGAAAAAGCUAAUAGGGAUCCAAAAAAACAAAUCUCUCACAUCCACUCCAUGCCUCCACAUCUACACAGAUGUCAGUGUUUUGUUUUUCUCCACAUUGACAGGUGACCCACAAAGCCACUGGUGAGGUGAUGGUGAUGAAGGAGCUGAUUCGCUGUGAUGAGGAGACCCAGAAGACCUUUCUAAAGGAGGUCAGUAGUCUAAUCUGGUUAUACAUUGGGCUAUGAUUUAUUAUACCCAUAAAUGAGAGCUUGCCAAAUGUCACUAUUUGCUACAUAGAUGGAUUGCUUUAGGACAACCUUAUUAUUUUUGUAUGCACUUGCUCCAGUCCUCCGAGGGAAAAAUAAGCUUGUGAUUUUUUGCAAAGAUAAAAUACCUCCAAUGUGGAAACUGAUUGCUGUGGUGAUAAACACUAUGAAAUUGUGAAAAUGAUGUGAAUGCCCUUUUUGUGUAAGAGCUGUUUGGAGAAGAAAGAAAAGUGGAAUUUCGGCAUGUUCUGGUGGGAUGGAACUUUUGACCCACAUCAAGAUGUCACAAUGUGAUCUGAUUAUAAUAGGCCAAUACCUGUACAUUUGGGUAAGGGGGUGGGCUCUAGACCAUCCUAUCAGCCAAUCAGGGAUGUGUAUGUAAAUAUCUUCACAUUUCUUUCUUAACGCCCACACGAUCAGACUGAGCAUUUCAAGGGCUCAGUCUGAUUCAAAAAUCAUACUGGGAUGAAAACAUACCUCUCUUUCUCUCCAGGUCAAAGUGAUGAGGAGUCUGGAACAUCCCCACGUGUUGAAGUUCAUCGGUGUGCUAUAUAAGGACAAGAGGCUGAAUUUAAUAACCGAGUUUAUCGAGGGAGGCACACUGAAGGAUUUCAUUAGAGACAUGGUGUGUUUCAACUAGUUAAUUAACUUAACUGUCUCUUUAUGCUCUCCCACUGCUCCAAAAUAGCAUUUGGUAGCCUUGGGUCUACUGUUAGUGUUUUCUUUAAAGGAGAAGUUAUUUUUUACAACCAAAUCUAAAUAUUUAUGUAAAUAGCAUGUUAUAGAAGGGACAAGACACAUUUUUGGUGAUUUCACGUUUUUUUUAAUUAUUUUAUUUAUUUAUUUUUUUACAGCUAAUCACUUCCUCAUCCUCUUUGUGCAAUAUAGGGGCCUGGAAAAAACAUGAACAUAGGCUCCAAAAACAUUUGAUUUUAGAGUUUCAGUCGUGGAUUACAGUAUAUGAUUUUGUAUAACUUUCUUUUGAACUCCCACAAUAUUUUGUGUAGCCAUAAAGGAUAGUCGGGGCCACCUAUUUAAAUAUAUAUAUAUUUAUUCUCUGGGUUGUUACAGGACCAGUUUCCAUGGGAGCAGAGGGUCAGCUUCGCUAAAGGUAUUGCUUCUGGAAUGGUGAGUUGGCCCCUUCCAGGGAUAUUUACCAUUGGCGGUAAAACACUGUAUAGACACUGGCUGCUUUUUGUUCAGAUGGAUUAGCCUCCAAUAUGUAUGGUGGUAGUUUAACACAAUGCAUUUAAAGGUACAGUACCUGAAGCGUUUUUCCAAAAUGCUAUGUAUCCAUUUUCAGAAAUGUUGGUAAACUAGCUUUUAUUGUUUUAAAGAUCUUAUGAAAGAGAUUGGUGUGUUUUUCCCCCCACAUUUUGUUGUUACAACUUGAAUUCAAAAUGGAUUCAAUAAAACAUUUUUAUCCCCAAUCUACCCACAAUACCCCAUACUGACAGUGAAAACAUGUUUUAGAAAUGUUAGCAAAUUUAUUGUAAAUUAAAUACAGAAAUCUCAUUUACAUAAGUAUUCACACCCCUGUUAGAAUCAACUUAGAAUCACAUUAUGUUCCAGCCCCUUGACCAUCCGCUCAAGAAAAAAAUUGGCCCGUGGCUGAAUCUAGUUGAUGAUCCCUGCUCUAUAGGCUUCCUUCUUUUCACUCUGUCUUUUAGGUUAGUAUUGUGGAGUAACUACAAUGUUGUUGAUCCAGAAUCAGUUUUCUCUUGUCACAGUCAUUAAACUCUGUAACUGUUUUAAAGUCACCAUUGGCCUCAUGGUGAAAUCCCUGAGCGCUUUCCUUCCUCUCCGACAACUGAGUUGGGAAGGACACCUGUAUCUUUGUAGUGACUGGGUGUAUUGAUACACCAUCCAAAGUGUAAUUAGUAACGUCACCAUGCUCAAAGGGAUAUUCAAUGUCUGCUUUUUUAUCAUUACCCAUCUACCAAUAGGUGCCCUUCUUUGCGAGGCAUUGGAAAACCUCCCUGGUCUUUGUGGUUGAAUCUCGUAUUUGAAAUGCACUGCUCGACUGAGGGACCUUACAGAUAAUUGUGUGGGGUACAGAGAUGAGGUAGUCAUUCAAAAAUCAUGUUAAACACUUGUUGCACAUAGAGUCCACGCAACUAUUAUUUGACUUGUUAAGCAAAUUUGUACUCCUGAACUUAUCUAGGCUUGCCAUAACAAAUGGGUUGAAUACUUAGAGACAUUUUAGCUUUCAUUUUUUAUUAAUAAAACAUUUCUAUAAACAUAAUUCCAUAUGACAUUAUGGGGUCUUGUGUGUAGGCCAGUGACACAACAUCUCAAUUUAAUACAUUUUAAAUUCCGGCUGCAACACAACAAAAUGUGGAAAAAGUCAAGGGGUGUGAAUACUUUCUGAAGGCACAGUAUUUGUUUGAAAUCUAGCACUUGACGGUUUCAUUUAAGAGACAAAUAAUCAUGUUUUGUUGCAAAAUGCUAUAUCCACCUCACUCUGAGAAAAAAGUAUCACUACUAGAUUUAUCACAGUCAAAUGUGACAAAUAAUUACAUAUGUAAUAAAGAACUAUGCAAAUGAUACAUUUGUGACAUCAAUAUUUUCAAAUCUGCCUACUUGAGGCAGGGAUUGCCCUUGCUCAUGGGUCAUACAGGAGUGGUUGGGCCUGGGCAGUGACUUAGCCAUAUGUUCCAGAGACCUUACUGUAUUUCUUAGCCAACAGAGUGGCAGGCCUGCACAUUUCCCUGGAGACCAGCUCAAUGCUGACAGUAAUCCUGAUUCCCUUUCCUUUUCCACAGUCCCACCACAGAAACACAACUAUGUGGGGCAACAAAAACAUAUUUAUAUUUUCCCACUUAAGACAUUGUCAAAUGAUGAGGUUUCUGUCUCUAAUAUGGAGGGUUUGCUUCCCCUUGUGGAUGAUUGGUUUGUUUGACUCAUCAUCUUUCUUUAUUUCAGGCCUACUUGCAUUCAAUGAGCAUCAUCCAUAGAGAUCUUAACUCUCACAACUGCCUGGUGAAACUGGUAGGUGACCUGUUCUGAAUUGUACAUGGCAUGCUAACUCAGAGAUGGAUAGGUAGAGGAGAAUAUAGAGGAGCAGAGAUCCCUUUCAAUUGUCCUGAUUCAUAUACAGAAACACAUACAGAUACUACUCCAGCCUCAUUAUUUCAAAUUAAUCAUAAAGUCAUUGUUUCUCUCUUAUACCAAAGUGUGUUUGGCUCCUAAACUGUUAAAGCUAGAUGUACCUUGGGUACUGUAGGUUAUUGUUUCAGAUGAGCCUGGAGCAUGUUUUGUUGUUGUGACAGGAGUCUGUUACUGAGCCAUGGCAGUCUUGUCGGUACAGGCCAGGGUCAGGUAGAGCUAUGUUCUAUUGUAGCAGCAGAACACAAUUUACAACACGAUGCCCCGUGUAGCUCAGUUGGUAGAGCAUGGCGCUUGCAACGCCAGGGUUGUGGGUUCGUUUCCCACGGGGGGCCAGUAUGAAAAUGUAUGCACUCACUAACUGUAAGUCGCUCUGGAUAAGAGCGUCUGCUAAAUGACUCAAAUGUAACAACAUGUUGUGUAAGUAGUAAGGUACAGGCUUAUAUACAGUGGGGAGAACAAGUAUUUGAUACACUGCCGAUUUUGCAGGUUUUCCUACUUACAAAGCAUGUAGAGGUCUGUAAUUUUUAUCAUAGGUACACUUCAACUGUGAGAGACGGAAUCUAAAAAAAAAAUCCAGAAAAUCACAAUGUAUGAUUUUUAAGUAAUUAAUUUGCAUUUUAUUGCAUGACAUAAGUAUUUGAUCACCUACCAACCAGUAAGAAUUCCGGCUCUCACAGACCUGUUAGUUUUUCUUUAAGAAGCCCUCCUGUUCUCCACUCAUUACCUGUAUUAACUGCACCUGUUUGAACUCGUUACCUGUAUAAAAGACACCUGUCCACACACUCAAUCAAACAGACCCAACCUCUCCACAAUGGCCAAGACCAGAGAGCUGUGUAAGGACAUUAGGGAUAAAAUUGUAGACCUGCACAAGGCUGGGAUGGGCUUACAGGACAAUAGGCAAGCAGCUUGGUGAGUAGGCAACAACUGUUGGCACAAUUAUUAGAAAAUGGAAGAAGUUCAAGGUGACGGUCAAUCACCCUCGGUCUGGGGCUCCAUGCAAGAUCUCACCUCGUGGGGCAUCUAUGAUCAUGAGGAAGGUGAGGGAUCAGCCCAGAACUACACGGCAGGACCUGGUCAAUGACCUGAAGAGAGCUGGGACCACAGUCUCAAAGAAAACCAUUAGUAACACACUAUGGCGUCAUGGAUUAAAAUCCUGCAGCGCACGCAAGGUCCCCCUGCUCAAGCCAGCGCAUGUCCAGGCCCAUCUGAAGUUUGCCAAUGACCAUCUGGAUGAUCCAGAGGAGGAAUGGGAGAAGGUCAUGUGGUCUGAUGAGACAAAAAUAGAACCACUCGCCGUGUUUGGAGGAAGAAGAAGGAUGAGUACAACCCCAAGAACACCAUCCCAACCGUGAAGCAUAGAGGUGGAAAUAUCAUUCUUUGGGGAUGCUUUUCUGCAAAGGGGACAGGACGACUGCACCGUAUUGAGGGGAGGAUGGAUGGGGCCAUGUAUCGCGAGAUCUUGGCCAACAACCUCCUUCCCUCAGUAAGAGCAUUGAAGAUGGGUCGUGGCUGGGUCUUCCAGCAUGACAACGACCCGAAACACACAGCCAGGGCAACUAAGGAGUGGCUCCGUAAGAAGCAUCUCAAGGUCCUGGAGUGGCCUAGCCAGUCUCCAGACCUGAACCCAAUAGAACAUCUUUGGAGGGAGCUGAAAGUCCGUAUUGCCCAGCGACAGCCCCGAAACCUGAAGGAUCUGGAGUAGGUCUGUAUGGAGGAGUGGGCCAAAAUCCCUGCUGCAGUGUGUGCAAACCUGGUCAAGACCUACAGGAAACGUAUGAUCUCUGUAAUUGCAAACAAAGGUUUAUGCACCAAAUAUUAAGUUCUGCUUUUCUGAUGUAUCAAAUACUUAUGUCAUGCAAUAAAAUGCAAAUUAAUUACUUAAAAAUCAUACAAUGUGAUUUUCUGGAUUUUUGUUUUAGAUUCCAUCUCUCAUAGUUGAAGUGUACCUAUGAUAAUAAUUACAGACCUCUACAUGCUUUGUAAGUAGGAAAACCUGCAAAAUUGGCAGUGUAUCAAAUACUUGUUCUCCCCACUGUAGGUCUUCACAGAUCUUUCACUGUAUGGCAACACUCAAUGAGGUGUAUUGAGUUUUGUCUGUUAUUUCCAUUGUAGUGACAUCUGUAUAAUUGUCUCAGUUCAGUGUCAUUAUAUACAGGAAGACAACACUCAUUGUUUACAUUUGAUACACAUUUCUGGUCAUACUGCAUUGUGAUUUUUUAGAUUUGUCAAUGACUUUACAAACAACAAGCAAAAUCCAUUGGGAACAAUCUUAUAUUUUGUUGUUAUUUGACCCAUAUUGAUUGAGGUAUGAACAAAACACCUACCAUUAUUACAUUGCUCUUGACCUCUAACCCCUGACCUCCCUCAGGACAACACAGUGGUGGUGGCAGACUUCGGCCUAUCCCGGCUCAUGGUGGAGGAGAAGGUCAAGCACCCUCCCCCUGAGAAACUGGCCAAUAAGAAGAGAGUGUUCAGGCGCAUUGACCGUAAGAAGCGCUACACUGUGGUGGGGAACCCCUACUGGAUGGCUCCAGAGAUGCUGAACGGUGAGCAGAGCAGGAGGACCCAGCAUGGAGCUGUGGAUCACACGGAUCAUUCACUUCAACACAUCUUUAUUCAUUCUAUGCCGGUCUGUUAAUUAACUUUCCAUUUUGUCAUCCUCAGGUAAACGCUAUGAUGAAAAGGUGGACAUUUUCUCCUUUGGGAUUGUGCUUUGUGAGGUAAGAAUGCAAUUUUAAAGCCUUGCUUUUUAUAUUGACCGUAUUAGGCUAUGAGCUGUAUGUUGAAAUUAUGAAUACAUUUUGUGCUUCAAAGUUAGGCUAAUAUAGCUUCAGUAUCAUUUAAUCAGUUUGAUUUGUCCACAGUGUUAGUCAGAUACUGUAAUCUGGAGUGUGGAUCCAUUCUUAACUCUCUCUGUUGUAGAUUAUUGGGCAGGUGAAUGCCGACCCAGAGUGCCUUCCAAGGACCUAUGACUUUGGCCUCAAUGUAGACAAGUUCAUGGAGAAGUUUCUCCCUGAUGACUGCCCACAAGCUUUCUUCGCAUUGGCUGUGGCUUGUUGUGACCUCAUCCCUGAAAACCGGUGAGUUGAGCCUAUUUUUUAAUACAGUAUCUGAUGAGGGAAGAAACAAGACAGAAGGAGAACACAGUGGGAGAGAAAGCGCAGUGUUUGUAACUGAGCUGAAAGGCCACAUGUGGGAAAGUUCUCCCCCUCCUCCCCAUGAGACGAUAUACAGGCUAUUCUCUGCCCUCUAGAGCCACAAAAGCCAGCGGAAAAACCAAAUACCCCUCAGAUUUAGAUAGCAUCUGUCUCAGCCUGCCUUCCCAGGGACACGCCUUCACAGCCAGAUUGCUCCCUCAUGUUCCCUCAUCCCGACCUGCCUGCCUAGCUAUAUUCCUGGUUGUAACCUCUAACCCCCCUGUGUCUCCCCCCCUCCCCAGGCCUGCCUUCCAGAAGCUGGAGGACUGUUUCGAGGCCCUGUGCCUCAACCAGGAGAUGGGCAUCCCUCUGCCAGCCGAAUUGGAAGAGCUGCACCAGAGACUGUGUCAACUCCACCCCCCUAAAGACAGCUCCUCUCCAUCCCAGUCCACACCCCCAACGCCAGCACCUCCUGAGGAGCCCAGCCUGGCUGACAACAGCACC